UCCUUUGUUAAAAGGUACAUCGAUGAGUAUCCAAUAGUGAUAUAGACUGGAAAACAGACAGAAUAGUUGUGAAAAUUACAAAUGCAUUGGAAUUUGACUAUUAAGCUACAUAUUUUGACUUAAUAAGAUGUUGGAAGCAUGUUGAAAGUAAUUAAUACCUUAGUACGUUGAACAACUUGGGCCCUUCCAUUUGAGUUCACUUUUUCUUUCUUCUCUCUCUAUCUUACUGAAUACAUUUUUGGGCUCCUUUUCUUUGUGAUAAUCCAGAUUUGAACAGUGAAUUGAAGCAAUAUGGAUAAACCAAUGGGCCGCGAACCAAAUUCAUAGGAGAUACUUAAGAAGUUGCACCAAAAAAGGGAUGGCAGUUUUGUUGAUGCAAAGUCGAAGAGCAUUAAUGAUAAAAUGGAGAUUGUCAUAGCUACUGCUCUUUCGGGGUCAACACAUGAUUCAUCAGAAGAUCAAGAACUCGAUAUAAAUUGCAUGUACUUUGAUAUUGUGGGUGGAGCAAAAACACAAUGUGUGUAUGGAUUGGGCUCUCAAGUUUCAACCUUGUAUAAAGAUAUGACAUGCAAUUUGUCUGUAGUGUCCGAUCACGUUGCUGAAGAGCGCAUCAAAAUACUUGAGAAAGAGGUGUCGUAUAUGAGAGAAAGUCAAGAGAGAGUUCAUCAAGAACGUGUAGAGUUGGAGGUGCAACAACGAGUAGAGCAAGAGGUUUUCUGUUUAAGGCAACAAAGUGAUGAUCGAUUCAAAUCUAUGGAGGAGCAAUGGUCUCGCAUGAUAAGCGACAUGGCAUUAUCUUCUCGCUCAUUUAGUAAUCUUACUCUCCCUAAUAGGGACUCGUCUAAUGCUUAGCCCUUAGCUGUUUAAUAUUUUGAGACUUUAGUUACUUGAAGUGUCGACUUGAACAUUGUCACACUUUUUUGGAUAGUUAUAUGCUUUAAAUUUUAAAUAUUGGUAGACUUUUGCUUAUUGAAGUUCUGAUUUUGCAUGUUUUAAUU